AUGCUGCGCAUCAUGGCGGAACAAAUGUCGCCUGUGGAUGACGGAAGAUCAUGGAAUCCUGCUCGUCGUCCCGAAGGGAACUUCGCCGACCAUGCAACGGAUUCUGAUACUGCGCCCCUAACAGCUGCAGACCCCCAGUCGGUUUACGCCCCCAACGUGACAUCAUCCGAUCGCGACGAGGAAUUUGCGAUAUCGAAUUCCCUCCAACAAGGCAAACAUGGGAAACUUCCGAAAGCAGUGGACAUUGCUUCACAAGCGGAGAGGACACCGCUUGCCCAAGGCAGCAUCCCAGAUAUCGCCGGCAUGAACACAGCAGCGGCGGAGACGCCCGAUGCCCAGACAACAGAACCAGAGGAAAAUAAACUCCUCGAGUCACACACAGGGUCGUCGCCAAUGACCGAUUCAAUGCAACCUUCGCCGCCGCCCGUGUCCCCUGCUCAGAACGUGGAAGCUACCCCUUUCUCUGACAACAACAUCGAACCUCCGUCAGCGCAGGAUGUCGACAAUGAUUACGGCGAGGGAUGGCAGCAGUCCUCUAUCCCUCAAACUAUAAAAAGUAGGGAGGAAGUGGCAAUUCAUGACUCGGCGAAUCUGGAACACGCUUUCAACGACUUGUCUGCUCAGCCGCAGCCUGUGCGAUUGGAGACCAGUACCCAAAAUGAGCCCAAUGUGUCGCGAGGCCCGGACGAGACUAUCUUUGGAGGACCGAAGCCGGAAGUAGACUCGUGGAAUGAGGAGGAACAAACCGGUCUGGACUCCGAAGGUGAUGACUUCUUCAGUCAAUUGAAAACCCAGACCAAGCCUAUCUUUGCACCACCAGAGUCAGAGUCACGGUUUGAAGAGGGUGUCCCGUUGUUGGAGGAAGAUGAGGCAAGGACACCCGCACCGGAUGAAUUUUCAAAGGAGACGGCAGAUCCAUUUGCGAACGAGGAAGACGACGCGGAUGAUUUCUUCAGCUCAUCUCGCAAGGAUGAACUGAAUGAAGCACCCCCCUCUGUUAUCCAUCGCAAGUCGACUACGCAAGUCAUGAAAUCUGCGGAAAUGGCCAUCACCUCUCCAGAAAGCGACACAGAGGCCGCUGCUCUCUUUGAGGAUGCUCUGAAAGUCUCCUCAACAGCGACGGGUGAACAGAAUGCAGUGUCUGCCGGGCCCACUGAAGAUGAACUUGCUGCCCGCUGGGAGGCGGAACUAAGCGACACUGGUGAAGACGAAUUGGUUGCUCGGUGGGAAGCAGCUUUGGAUCUAGACGAUGACGAUAUUCUCAUGGAGAAUGAUCCAGUUCCACUUGCACCGGCUGGGCCACAAGCAAGCAUAUCGCAGAAGCAGUACGUUCCACAGGCCACGAAUUCGUACACUUCAAACGCCAGUGACCCAAGCAUCAAUGCUACUGUUGGGACUCAUGGAGCUCCUAACCGGUUUGGACCGGCCCCAGGACAUUACACGCCUCAUCAACCAACGACAGCGGACUUGGUGGGCCAUAUAUCGUUCCAAGGAACACCAGCGACCAUGGCUACGGCAGCGCCGCAAAUGUUGUCUCAUCCACCAGCAAACCCUGUGCUUCCACGGGGUGAGAGCUUUGCAGAGCGGUCAAAGGAGGGAUAUAAAUCACCAUAUGACCUGCCAGAGGACUUGGCCAGACCUAGGCGGACGUUGACAACUCAAAAGUCAGCGCCUGUUCUCGUACCUCCGCCGAUGGCUGUAUCGCAAGCGGGCAUUUCCCCUGCGGCUCAUAGCGCUCCGCGGCCGGUAGCUCCGCCUGCUCAGAAGAACUUCUAUGAAGAAUUGCCCUUGCCCGUUCCAAAGUCUCGACCUGUGACCAACUCUGGUCGCUAUUCGCCUCAACCAGGUGGUAACCCAACCUCUGAAUCUGUCCUUGCUUCUCCACCGCCUCAAAACACGUAUGCACCGACUGCGCCGGCUGCCACACCUCACGCAAACAUUCACCCACAGCCAUCGCUCCAGCUUCCCCAUCGCGAAGAACCGUAUGCUGGACCAGCUUUACUGGGUUCAAGUGCACCGGCUGGCCCGCCAGCAGCAUCCCGAUACUCUCCACAGCCACCUGGCCUGCAGCCAUCGGCCAGGGCUCCGUCAGUCUCAAGAUACUCGCCUGCUCCUCCCACGUCCGGGUCAGCUGGUCGUAAUCGAUACGCUUCUCAGCCUUUAGCUGUUCCGGGUCACGUCAACAACUUGCCCUUCCAGCCGCGGACUUCGAGCCCGCUUGCCUACCAUGAGAAAGCUACGUACCAGCCUGGUGACGGACAGACUCAUCUGCCACAGCAGCCCUCGUUGCAGCCUUCCGUCGACCUGUCCCCGCCCCGCAACCAGAGCGCGAGCUUUGAUCAAGGCUCGCCCUAUGCUCCUCAAUUGCCGAGCGAGCAUGGCGGCAUAGUUGGCUCAAGUUCUCUGCACACGAAUCGGCAAACCUCGCCGGUUCAGAACAAAUAUGCCCCUCCAGAAUAUCUCAACGAAUUUGCCCAACGAGUCGCGCCGGGCAAGGGAUACGAAGGCCAUGAUACGGCCUCAAUUUUGCCCCCUUCGCAGGAAUUGAGUCAGCAGCCAUCCGCUCCGGCCCCCCGUCGAUCUCAGACCUCCUCGCCGGGUCAACAAUUGACGAGUCCUCGAGCAACCCUUCAGCAAAUCGCAACGUUGCCGCGUCCCGCGUCGGUGCAUGGCUCGUCAUCACCUACGAAAACGACGAAUCCCUAUGCAUCUUUGCCAACGGCGGUACAGCAUCCUGCGAGAAGGUACUCCCAGCAGCUGGAGUUUAUUGCUCCAACCGACGGGCAAGAGGCCGAUCCCCUCCAGAGAUGGCGAGGUGCCCCGAUCUUCAAGUUCGGAUUUGGUGGCGCAGUGGUGUCCUGCUUCCCGAAACAUAUUCCGCGGUAUUCAGUCGGGCAGGCCAGCCCAAUGAUCAAGCCCACGCCAGGAGAACCAAAGCUGUCAAAAACCACCGAAGUUAUUCCAUCCUUCGAUACCAUUGUACAGCACCCAGGCCCCUUGAAGUCCAAAUCAAAGAAGAAAGAUGUAAUUGUUUGGCUCUCGAGCAAGAUUGCGGCAUUCGAGAAUGACAUCUCUGAAAUCCAUGAUCGGUCUCAUCCUGACCUUCGCAAGCGGGCUGAAGAAAAAAUACUGCUUUGGAAACUUAUGAAGCUGCUGGUAGAGAAUGACGGGAGCUUCGAAGCUUCGACUGACUCGAAACGCUCGCUUCGACAGAUAUUCGUGCCAAGUCUCUCUGGUCUCGAACCAGAUAGCGCCUUGGUAGGUGAUUCCAAACCUCUUGCUACAUUUGCCUCAAUCAGCGCGCCAAGUCAAUCUGAUGCAGCCGCUGAUCCGGAGUGGAUGGGCGAGCUUCGCAACUUGUUGCUUGCUGGCGAAAGAGAAAAGGCAGUCUGGGCAGCGGUCGAUCGCCGGAUGUGGGGACAUGCCCUGAUUCUUGCAUCCACAAUGGACCGAUCGAUUUGGAAACAAGCUGUGCAAGAGUUCGUUCGACGCGAGAUCAAAUCGAAUGGUGGUGACACAGAAUCACUUGCCGCCGUUUACGAGAUUUUUGCUGGUAACAUUGAGGAAAGUGUUGACGAGCUAGUCCCUCCAUCUGCCCGAGCUGGUCAUCAGCUCAUCAGUAUCAAUGACAAUCGAGGCGCGAAGAAGAACGCAUUGGAAGGCCUGAACAGCUGGAAAGACACAAUUGCUAUGGUGCUGAGCAACCGCAGCUCUGAAGAUCAGUCUGCCUUGCUUGCCCUUGGCCGCUUGCUUGCUUCCUAUGGCCGCGUAGAGGCUGCACACAUCUGCUUCUUAUUUUCUCGCAGCGCCAUAUUCAGCGGCGCCGACGAUCCUCAAGCGAACAUUGUCCUUCUCGGAGCAGAUCACCAGCGACACCCGGGUUCCCUGGUAGAUGAAGACGCCAUACUUCUCACCGAAGUGUAUGAAUUUGCCACAAGUGUGCUUGGAAAUUCCACUGCACCCACCUUGCCUUACCUCCUGGCCUUCAAGCUCAUAUACGCGAGGAAACUUGCAGACAGAGGCCGGAAAACUGAGGCCCAGGCUUACUGUGAUGGCGUCGCUUCAUCGCUGAAGUCAUCGACGCGACCCUCGCCGUACCAUCACCAACUUCUUCUUGUAGAGGUCGACGAGCUUUCUGCCCGUCUUCGUCAGACUACGACAGAUGGUGGUUCUUGGAUCUCAAAGCCCAGCAUGGAGAAGGUCUCAGGAUCCAUGUGGGCCCGAUUCAAUAGCUUCGUAGCCGGCGACGAGGCCGACGCGGCAUCGACAGGCCCAGGCAAAGCAGGAGAGGUGGGAGACUUUGGUCCAUUCGCCAAUGUCGCAGGAACACCCACCGUCAGUCGCUCACCGUCAGUUUCUGAUCUGUACGGGUCAUAUCCGGGCGUAGGGGCUGCUCAGCCGGCACCUAUUUCCACCAGCGGUCCCUCAAAGUACAUGCCAUCCCAGUAUGCUCCAAAUGCAUCGCCUGAACAUUUUCGGGGGCGAUCGUCGAUCGACUCACAAAGGUCUCCGUCAUUCGGUGGCGUUCCAUUUGGUCAACGCCGCACAUCACAGGACCACCCUUCCACCCCAGUCGAAAGUUACGCACCAGUAUACGGGUCCCCAGGAGCGAAUUUGGCCUAUCAGUCAACACCACCGCAGUCAUCAUACAUACCUCUCGCUCCCGUUGAAGAAGAUAUGAGCUCUCAGCCUUCCACAAACGCCGAAGCUGCGGCACCGCCCUCCCAAUAUACACCAAACGAGAUUCCUUAUCAACCUUCAGGGCAUUUUAAUCAAGGACAGGUCGAGCCUCUUUCCCAUGUGGCUUCGCAAUCGUCCUACUUCCAGGAAGCGCAGGAAGUUCCACAACCUGAUGGGUCGGCGUACAUGCCACCACCUGGAAAUACGUACGCGCCGCCCUCAUACGUUGGCCCUGACUUGAGCUCGACCAAUGAGACGACGGAAGAGACAACCGAAGAGAACUCGAGACCGGAAGCUCAGAAGAAGAAGUCUUUCAUGGACGACGACGACGAAGACGACCUUGCUGCAAGAGCUGCGGCCAUGCAAAAGGCCGAGAAUGAUCGGAAGGCUGAUGAAGCCUUCCGUAAAGCUGCCGAAGAAGACGCCAAAAAAGAUGCCCAACAUUCUUCAAAGAAAGGAUGGUUUGGCGGUUGGUUUGGAGGUGCCAAAAAGGAAGCCGAAAACACCGGAGGUGGACCGAUUAAGGCGAAACUUGGAGAAGAGAACUCCUUUUACUACGAUAAGGAGUUGAAAAAAUGGGUAAACAAGAAAGAUCCCAACUCUGCUUCUGCUGCUCGAGCCACGCCGCCCCCUCCACGCGGCUCUGGCCCACCGAGUCGAGCUGCUAGCUCAAGCAGCGUUCCGCCUCCAGGUGGACCUCCGAUGUCUGGGACUGGUAGCCGACCGCAAUCAUCUGCAAGCAAUCUCUCCGGUCCACCUCCACCCUCGAAUCUUGCUCCUUCUGUACUCGGCGUGCCAUUGCCCCCUGGGAAUAUGCCCCGUUCAGUAUCCACAGGAGCGGCAGUUCCCACUCCACCCGGUAGCUCCAGCGGUUUACCACCGAGGCCUGCAUCUUCCUUGACCAACGCUAAUUCUAUCGACGACCUCCUCGGUGCACCUACCGCGCGCAAAGGUAAUGUCGCGAAGAGCAAGAAGAAGGGUCGCUAUGUUGAUGUGAUGGCGCAGUAA